AUGGCCGAACAAGACCACCACUACCACCACGAGAACCACAGCCUGUGGAUCCGCCUGAGAAUAUCCUACCAAGAACAUCCUGACAUCUACCUGUCACUGCUGAGAUACUGGUGUUUUUGCCUGGCGUCGAAGAAGAUGUUCGACUAUGUCAUGGGCCUGGUCAUUCUGGUGAAUGCCGUGUGUGUCGGGCUGGAGGUUCAGUCCUCGUUGCGCGACACCUACGGCCUAAGGCUGACGGGCCAGGAUGAGAUUGGCUGGAUGUACUGGCCGCCUGUCAAGAAUCUGCUGGAUUUCGCAUUUGUGAUGGCCUACAUCGCGGAGUUUCUCGUGCGCCUGCUGGCCUGGGGAGUGCGCAAGUGUUUCACCGACUCCUGGCCGGCGCCCCAGGAGCUAGAAUCUUUGCUGGUCGUUCGCUCGCUACGGCUGCUGCGCCUCAUCCGUGCUCUGCGGUUGCUGAAGCAGUUUCGCACCGUCUGGAGACUCGUGAACGGUCUCCUCACCUCUGCAAAUGCCAUGGUGUCAACCCUGGUGCUGGUGGUGCUGACGCUGUACAUCGCUGCAUGCUUAGGUAUCGAGAUCAUCACCAAAGAUACGGACCUUAAGGUGCACACCGAGACGGGAGAGAUUGUGAGCCGUUACUUCGGGCACGCUGCUGACACUUACGUCGUGGCCAAGUUGCAUUUGUUCGUGACGCUUGACUCUGUCGCUCCCAUCUACGUACCCCUCAUAACCCAAAAGCCGUGGCUGGCGCUGUGGCUGGGCCGGACACAAGACAGGGAAAGGUACUUUUUCUUCAUCAUCCUUUUUGUCUCUAUUUCGCUCAUGAACUUGGUGACGGCUGUGCUGGUUGAAGGCGCGCUGGAGAACGCCUCGGCAGACAAAGAGCUCGAGAAGCUCGACCUCCAGGAGAAGCUAAAGAGCCAGAUGCCACGGCUGCUGCAAAUAUUCAACGACAUUGACAAGGAUGGUUCUGGUACGCUGACGGUGGAAGAGAUGUCCAUGGUACCCGUGGAUGUGAUUCCUGAGGAGCUGCGAAACAAGAGCCGAGUGUCUUCAAUGCAUGAGGUCUUUGAGAUGCUGGACGUGGAUGGGGGAGGAGAGCUGACGAGAGCGACUUGCCUGCAGCUACAGCUCGUGGAGUUUGUGGGAGUCAGUGCACACGGCGAAGAGUUCGUGGAUGGCCUCCUGAACUUGUUCCUGCAAGAUGUGCCGGUGGCCACAGUCCAAACUCUCCGACUCCUUCGAUCGGUGGAUGCUCGCGUGUGGCGACUGGGCGAGGAGCUGUGCGACAUGCGGAACUUUCUCCACGGAACGCGCCCAAUGACAGACACUUGUGGAAACAGGCCGGGGGGUUUAAGGUUCCAGCGUUUUGGGGUGAGACGAGCUGCUGAUUGCAGUCCUUCUCCACACAGGUCAGACAAUCGUCCUGUCGGAAACAGGCCAGAUGAUUAA